AUGGUCGACAUCUUUACACGUUAUUGUGUACUUAGAGCACUUCCUGACAAAAGGGCUCCUACCAUCGCCCGAGCUCUUAUUUCUGUUUUUGGAGAUUAUGGCUUUCCCAAAGUCUUACAGAGCGACAACGGCACGGAGUUUGUCAACACCCUCAUCAAGGCUAUCACUGAAGUCUCUGGUAUGGAUCAUCGUCUUAUCACACCCUACCAUCCACGCGCCAAUGGUGUGGCUGAACGUUGGGUUGGCACUGUCAAACAAGGCAUCGUGAAACUUUUACAAGGCAAGAGCAAUGACUGGGAUCUUUACGUUCCCACCGUACAGUUAUUCCUCAACUCCAAGCAUAAUCCUUUGCAUGGAUCACGCCCUUAUUCACUCAUGUUUGCCAGGCAGCCAAACAAGCUUUGCGAUUACACCAAUGACGACACCAACGUGUCACCUCAACAAGCUUUAGAGCUUCGUAAAGAGGACAUUGAGCAGUUUGAGCAAGCUGUGAUACCUGCUAUUCAAGAGCGUAUGCAACGCAUGCGUGACGCUGAGAAAGCACGUUAUGAUUCCAAGAAUCGUAUCAUCAAGCCUCUUCCUAUUGGUACCAAGGUGGUCAUCAAAAACGUGCAUCGUUCAGGUAAAACUGAGCCACGAUACACUGGCCCUUUUCGUAUUACAGGUCUCAAUCGAGGUGGUGCUUAUACCUUAGCUGAUGCAACAGGUCAACAACACGCCUGCAACGUCCCGCCUUCUCACAUCAAGGUCGUUUCCGAUGACAUUGCUUUAUCUGAUGAAGUAUAUGAAGUCGAACGCAUUCUUGAUCAUAAAGGUCGUCCUGGUCAUUAUCAAUACUUGAUCAAAUGGAAGGGAUACUCUGAAGCACAAAAUACUUGGGAACCACAGGACAACCUCAAUGCUGAGCGUAUCCUUUCUCAAUAUUGGGAUCAGAGAAAGCAGGUACAACAAGAGGCUAAGGCUACACGAGCUCAACGCAAACGAGCUGCCAACAACAAUGCUAGCGCACAGACCAACAAUAAGCGACAACGUCGACACGCUUAG